AUGCCCAGAAACAACAAGCACAUUUCACAUCAUCUCACUGCUGAGGAUGAUGACAACACCUCAGCACCUGCUUCCACUGAGACCGUUCACACAGGCGUUCAACACAAACUCCUCUCUUCAUCCAUUCCUCUCGUCUUUCAAAAAUCAACACGGAUUAAAGGAAAGAACAAGUAUUGGCAAUUUUUCAUCUCUUCCACACCAGCCCAUCACAUGUCCGAUUCUGACAAUGAUCACGAACAACAACAACAAACUCAUGAAACACAACAACACUUUUCAAAUUCCUUCUAUAUUUUCUCUCGAUAUGGCACUACGACUUUACAUCCACAAACACAUCACAUUCGAACCACGAAAGGUAUUUCCUAUCAAAAAGAAUUUCCUUCCGAAUUACAAGCUCAGAAAGAAUUAUUAAUUCGAAUUCAUGGUAAACUCAAGGAAGGAUAUCAAUGGGUCUAUGAGAGAAAGAAACGAAAAUUUCCAAUGGAAACACUUGUGAAUUUGGUCAAUGAUCAAAUUCAGCAUCAAUUCGAACUGUUUCAAGAAUUGUCUCGAGCUCUUUUAAAAUCACAACGUAAUCAACAACAACAAAUCCCUCGAUCGAAUUCAGAAUCAUUGAGUGAAACACAUCUUCCUCAACAUUUGAGAAACAUUUCACUUCCAAGAGUGAGCUCACCCAAACGAUUGACUUGUCAUGUAAUGCAUCAAUUGGGUUUAACCCCAACUAGGAAUACCCCUAAUUUACCAACAUUGAAUCGAAAGUCACCAGUGAAGCGAAAGAAGGUGCCAUCUUCUUCAUCUAGCCAUUGCUCAGAUAAGGUUCCAAUUAUUGAAUUUUCUUCAGAGAGUGAGGAUGAAAUGGAAGAUGAUGAUGAUGCUAGGUCAUUGCAUUCUUCACCUCCAAGAGUCGCAAGACGAAGAAGAACAAGUAGUACUACUUCUCCAAGAUCUUUGAAAAACACUAAGAGAAAUUCAUCAAUGAAAAGAACACACAAAGAAGUGAAUUCUUGUUCAUCCAGUAGUGAAUCUGAACAGCAUUCCGAAGAAGAAGAAACAAUAACGUUAUUGGCUCCUUCUCAUGAAAGAACCAACAAGAAACAAAGUAAGGUUUCUCCUCAAAAGAAAAAAACAAAACGUAAUGAGAAGGAACCAUCCUCUUAUCUGGGAGAAGAUCAAUUCUCAGAAGAAACAUCUGCACACAUUCCAACCAUUCUUUUGACUCCAAUCAAGAACAAGAACUCACAAUCUUCUGUUGCUACUACAAGUACAAUCACCCCUCUAAGACUCUCUCCAAUUCCAUACCGAUCCCGAAGAGUAGAUUCUCAACAACAAGCCUCCACGACAUGGACCUCGCAAGAAGAAGGUCUCGAUCAUGAUUCUUCAGAUGAUGAUGACGAUGAACACGAUAAUCAUGAAUUCUAUGGACAAAUUAUUCCAACAACUCCCGAGAGAUUUAAAUCUACGGACACUCCUGUUGGGGAGAAUGAGGCUCCUACCAGUUCCAAUGUUACUCGACCACUUUCAGAUAUUGAUUCUGGAAGUGAUCGAGAAGAUUCCAUGCUUGAACAUUUAUCAUUUGGAGGUUUUGGAGAAGAUAUGCAAGACAUUUCAUAUUCCUCUACUAAUAUAGAUCACACAUCUUCGGCCUUGGUUCAAGAACUGGAAGAAAAGAUUAAAAAACUCUCUCAAACAAUCACAAUAGAAACAGAACGAGCAAAUGCAUUGGAUUUGGAAAAGAAUUAUUUGGAGAAGGAAAUGUAUCAAUUAGUGGAAUUGCAUCAAAAUACACUUUCAGAGAAGGACAGAAAGCAUGAAGAGGAAAUUUCAUCAUUGAAAUUACGAAUUGAGGAAUUGAGCCAUUUUGCUGAAGCACGACAAGAGGAGCUAUUGCGAAAAGAAGAAGCAUUGAGGGAAUUGGAAAAGAAACUGGAGGAAGAAAGAAUUCAAUUGAAUCAACAACGUGAAAUGACAGAAAGUAUGUCACAAGAUUUAUCGUACCGUCUUGAGCAGGUUCGAAAUAGAGAAUCACUAUUGGAAAUGAGGGAAAAGGAAUUACAAGAGAAGAUGAAACAGCUCGAGAGCGAACAAAUACUUUUGAAUAUUGAAAGAAGUUCAUUACGUGAGCAAGUGAAUACUUUCGAGACAGAGAAAGUCAGUUUCAUGCAAGAUAUGGAGCAUAAGAAUACAAUGUUUGAAAAAGAAGUGACAAUUCGAUUCCAAAAUCAGCAACAAGAACUCGAAGUUGAGCGGCAACGACUUUCAAGUGAACAUCAAGAAAACAUGCAACGGUUAAAUCAAGAAAAAGAAACACUGAGAGCUAAUCAAAUGGAAUUUGAACUUACAAAAUCAUCCAACCGUGAAUGGUAUGAAUCCAAGCGCAGAGAAAUUGCUGAAAAGGAAUCUGAAAUUGAAAACAAGCGCUAUCAAUUGGAAAAACAACUCGAGUCUCUGACCGAUCGUGAAUAUUCUCUACAUUUACAAAAACAACAGCAUGAAGAGCUUAUUUUCAAGAGAAAUUCUGAUCUCGAUAUUAGAGAGAACUCUUUCCAAACAGAAAAGGAAAAAUUCGAAAAAGAACGUCACGCUUUCAAUCAACUUUUCGAAAAGAGAAUGCAGUAUGAGAAUCGUUGUCAACAGUUAGGACUGGCUCUCUCUCAAAAACAUACAGAAUUUCAAUCAGCCCUGUCCAUAUGGCUCUCUGCAUUGAACAAUUCUGAGGAAACUGUUGACGACAACCAAAAUGAUCCAAGAAUGUUAUUCUCUGGAGCAAAUUUAGAUAGUGAUGUGUAG